AUGGGUUCCGUCUCAGCUACAAAGGCGUAUCCGCCAGGUGUCCAUGUUCCCAGUCUUACAUGGUUCACAGGAGCUGCCGAUCAAGAAAUUGAUUGGCCUCUUCAAAAGAAGCAUCUAGAGUUUCUCGUAAAGUCAGGGCUUCACGGAAUUGUCCUUGCUGGUACAAAUGGCGAAGCUAUAACACUCUCAAGAGCUGAGAAGGCCAAGCUAGUUCGUCUAACACGCGAAAUCGCCGUUCAGGCAGGCCGCCCCGAUCUUCCCAUCACCCUUGGCUGCGGUGGUGGAUGCACACGCGAUGUCAUCGCGGAGACUCGUAUGGCCACGGAAGCAGGCGCCGACUACGCGAUUGUGCUAGUUCCCAGCUACUUCCACUUCGCUAUGAAUGAAGAUGCGAUAGUUGCGUUCUUCCAAGAGCUUGCGGACGCCAGCCCACUACCCAUCUUGAUUUACAACUUCCCCGGCGUCGUUGCUGGACUCGAUGUCAACUCCGAUAUGCUCGCAGUUCUGGGCAAGCACCCGAAUAUCGUCGGUGUCAAGCUCACAUGCGGUGGAAUCGCAAAGGUCGCAAAGGUCAGGGCUGCAUUCGAGCCAGAGCAGUUCUCUGCCCUUGCUGGACAAAGUGAUUGGCUAGUGCCUGCUCUAUCAGUCGGCGGCAUGGGUGUUGUGACCGGAGUUGCCAACCUGUAUCCUAAAUGCUGUCUCCAAAUCUACGACCUGUACUUAGCUGGCAAGACGAAAGAGGCUACGGCAGCUCAGCUCAAGUUGGCGGAGAUGGAGUGGGGAUUCGCCAAAGGAGGUAUCAAUGGCACUAAAUGGGUGGUUGCAAAGCUACUUGGUUACCCAGAAGAAAGCUGCCACUGCAGGCGCCCGUAUCCCCAGUACACCGAUGCGAAGAAGCAAGCUUGGAUCCUCGACGUUGUGAAGCCGCUUGGUACGGAUGAGAAGAAGCUUUGA